AUGAAAUCUGGAAGUGGCGAAUGGCUAUCGAUUGAAGAUUUGAUGGAGAAAAUCAGCAAUAAAUCGGCACAAGAAAGAAAGGUUUGAGUUUUCAUUCUCCCACUUCAUGAAGAAAAAAAUGACAUUUGAUAUUAUGAAAGAAUUGGAAUGUUCUCAUUUUUCAAUUUUUUUUUUGAAACCAAGAAAAAAGAGCUAACCGAAUUUAGUGAUUUUUGUACUUUUUUCCUCGUCUCGUUUAGUUUUUUCGUGUUUUCGUUUAGUUUAGUUUAGCUCUCAUUUUAUUGGUCUAGUUUUGGUUGAAUCAUGAAAAUGUCCAAGUUUUUGGUAGGUUACGAAUUUUUCUGGAUACUUUAAGAUUUGGAAAAUGUUUGGGAUUUAUUUCGAGGAGGGGCGGAAGCAAAACUAUUUAUAAUCUUUCAAAUGUUGAAUAUUGAAAAAAUAAUUUGAUUUUGGUUUUUUGAACCAUUUGAUGUUUUACUGUAGAUUCAAACAAUUCUUCUAUUCUAAACAAGUAAUUUUUCUUUUUUUUUUCAAAAAAAUAGUUGUGAAUAGUGAAUUUUCAGAUCAGAAGAAUUCAAUUUGUUUUUCAAAAUUUAUAUAUUUAUUUAUCGGAUUCACCCGACUCUGGAAACAUAAAAUUUUCGAAUCAAUAAUUUCGAACAUAAGUUUUUGAAAUUCCAGUGAAUUAUUCCACCUGGCACAAAUUUAUUAAUACUCAAAAAACUAACUUCAAUACCUAAUGAAGAUUCUAAUUCAGAUUUGUCACACUUUUCUUCUAAAUUUGUUCCACAUCCAGCCAGAUUUUAGAAAAAAAUGUCACACCUCCUGAUAAACUAUAGAAACCCUUUUUCAAAUCCAAUUUCUCCGAAUUUCUUCAUCUUCCUCUUCUUUUUCAUCUUUUUCUUCUUGUUCAAUUCAAAAAAGCAUAAAAAAGUGUUAGAAGAGGGACACUUUAAAUAAAUCGAUAAACAGAAGGGAGUUGAGAGAAAAGAGAGCACCACCAAAAAAUAUAGAUGUGUAUGCUCAUCUUUUCAUUUUUUGCUUCUGCUUUUUCUGGAAAAUAUAAUUGUUGCAUUUUUUUUGCAGAUGUCACAAGCCAACCAUUUGUCAUAUUCUGCGAGGAUGAGAGGUAGAUCAAAACAACCUAUUUACACUUCGGACAAACGAGCUAAAUUUACACAGAAGGAGAAUAAAAAGUCGGUUUUUUCAUAUUAUUCUUUUAUUUAUAAAUACUUAAUUUUGCAGAUGGGUUCGAUUUGUGACAGUUCUUGGAUAUAUAAUUUCUGUAUCUUUGCCUGCUUUAUCUCUAAGUUUUUAUUAUAUUUAUGUAUGGGAUCCAAAGAUUGAAAGAAGUUCGGAUAACACAACAAUUCUGGCAGCAAAAACGGAACCUGUUGGAAAGAUUAAUAAGAUAUUGAUUCAGAAUAUGAAUGAUUCUGGAAAAUCAAAACAGAAGAGAAAUGUUGAGGAAAAGCUUGAUUUGAAUAAAAUUUUGAGUGAUGGCUUGAGUUCAAUGGAAAGUCGAGAGAAUUUCAGAUGA